AAAUUUGUAAUUCCAUAUCAUUUAUUAUUAAAAAAUAUUUGACAUUCAGUACUAACUAAAAUCUAUAAAAGUUAAACUAUCUUAUAUAUUUUCGACUUAACUUGUUUACAAUGAAGAAACAAAACUGAAAUUAGGCUUUGGAUAUAACUUGUUUGUAUAUAAGAAAGAAGAAAAAAGUUUUUGUUCUGAAAAAUAAUUGUUCUGUGACAACUCAUUUGGAAGCAUUAUGGCCGAUUCAAAAUUGUUACUCACCAGUAGCCCUGUACCGAAGAAGGAUGUAGUAACAACUAUUAUUGCGAUGGAUGGGAGCGAGUUCUCAAAUUACGCUUUAAAAUUUUAUGUUGAAUGUCUACAUAGACCAGGGAAUCAUGUCAUAUGCACUCAUAGAUCUGAAUUUAAAUGCAUCACAGACCCGACGGCUGGCAAUAUAUCUGAGGCAGUUGCAGAAAUGGCUAAAGACCUGAAGGAAGUUGAAGAAAAAUCUGCAGACUUUGUUGUGAAACUUACAGAAAGGAUGAAACAACUAGGGAUAAAUGGAACAAUCGAGCGUAUUCGUGGUGAUGCUGGACCAGCUAUUGUCGCCUUAGCCAAAGAAAGACACGCGGAUUAUAUUGUCGUAGGGUGUCGUGGCAGGGGUAAAGAUCGUAAGACUUUUACUGGAAGUGUAACCGACUAUGUAACACAUCACUCACACGUGCCUGUUCUCAUUGCAAAAAAUGAAGAACAUAUGGAGCAGCUUCAUUCACACGCGCAUGCGCAUUUGAAACAUCCAAAGAAACAUGAUGGUCAUGCCACACAUACAAAGAAAGCCAUCCAUAAAUGAAGGUUACUUCUUCAAAAUAACAUGCGCGAGUAUACAACACUGUGUGUCCUAUAUAAAAAGAAUUUAAUUCCACUAGACAGUUUUAGCUAUUUAAUUGCACUUCGCAUAAGUAUACUUCAAAUAAAUGUUGCCUGAAAUCAUCAAAUCAUAUCUUUCUAAUUUUUUUUGUGUAUUUUGUUUAUAAAAUUUCUUUAAUGAAUACUUAUGGUGAGUAUGCAAGGAACUUCGGUUUCGAUUUUAGUAAUGACAAGAAAUUAUGUUUUGUCUAGUAUUAUUUUAUUCACUGCCCCAACUUUUGUCGGAAACACACGGACGACCAAUUUCAGAUAUAUUUCACUGUCUUUAGAAGAAAAAAACAAAUCAUACUAAUUGAUAUUGUAAAUAAAACUGUAAUAAUUAGA